UAUAAAAUAAAUCCUCUCACCCUAACAAAUCGUUCCAGUUUGGAGAGAGAAGAAACAGAAAGCAUUUGCCAAACUUUAGUCCUUUUGUUUUGCUGAAUCUGUUUUCUUACUCGACGGAAAACACCCAACACCACCCAUAACAGCCACCGCCACCGCCACCGCUGACCUGUAAAGGGGUCGGAAUUGGGAUACAAAACCGCACAACCGUCGAAGCUAAUGACUGAUUUCAUCGGCCAGUGUGGAGGCUACGCCGUCAUCGACGGUGGCCUCGCUACAGAGCUCGAACGGCACGGUGCUAACCUCAACGACCCUCUCUGGAGCGCUAAAUGCCUCGUCACUUCCCCUCAACUUAUCAGAAGGGUGCACCUUGAUUACCUUGAAGCCGGUGCAAAUAUCAUUAUAUCUUCAUCUUACCAGGCUACACUUCAGGGAUUUGAGGCAAAGGGCUUAUCGAGAGUAGAAGGAGAAGCUCUGCUUAGAAAAAGUGUUGAAAUAGCGUGUGAGGCACGGGAGAUAUAUUACAGCAGAGACGCCAAAGUUUUUUCGGAUGUCAUAGAAAACAGAGAGAAUCUGAAACAACAUCCAGUCUUUGUGGGAGCUUCUGUGGGAAGUUAUGGAGCUUAUCUUGCUGAUGGUUCAGAAUAUAGUGGGAUCUAUGGUGAUGCUGUCACUUUGGAAACUUUGAAAGAUUUUCACCGGAGGCGGGUUCAAGUUCUAGCUGAAUCGGGAGCUGACCUAAUUGCAUUUGAAACCAUUCCAAACAAAUUGGAAGCCAAGGCCUAUGCUGAGCUUCUUCAGGAAGAAGACAUAAAGAUACCUGCCUGGUUUUCUUUCAAUUCUAAGGACGGUACUAAUGUGGUGAGUGGUGAUUCAAUAUCAGAGUGUGCCUCAAUAGCUGAUUCAUGUAAGCAAGUUGUUGCUGUUGGAAUCAACUGUACCCCACCCAGGUUUAUUCAUGGACUGAUUCAAGCAAUUCGAGAGGUAACAGCUAAACCGAUACUUAUAUAUCCCAACAGUGGUGAGACCUAUGAUGCUGACCGCAAGGAGUGGGUGCAAUCGACUGGAGUUGUAGAUGAAGAUUUUGUGUCGUAUGUUGGGAAGUGGUGUGAAGCCGGGGCUUCUCUUAUUGGAGGUUGCUGCAGGACUACCCCUAAUACUAUCAGAGCUAUAUCUAAGGCUCUCUCCAGCAGAUCUUCUUCUGUUACCACUCUGGAGUUCUAGGACUGACUUUGUGACAGAUUGGAACAAACAUGUACUCUUUUUAAGUUUCUGUACGAAAAAAAUACUAGUCUUCAGUUUUUAUGUAUGUGCUUGCCAUGCUUACAUUGGUUUCAUGAAUAAGAAACAAUAAAUUUAAUAAAA